AGUCCUAACAAACUCGCCGCUCCAAAUCUAUAGUCGACGCCCCUGUAAAAAUGUCAGCCGCGUCUGAAACCGGCUCGAUAAAUAUGACAAAAAAUGUGAAUAAUAAAACAAAUCGGACAGACAAACCAAACAUGAAUAAUUUAAGUGCAAAUAAUGAUAAGAAGAGCGAUAGUGCUAGUUCGGUUAUUAAAGUAAAAAGUGUUAUUCCUAGACGACGACAAGACUUGCUGAAAUGGUACGGAUGGGGGUAUAAAGACUCCAUGUUCAAGCUGAAUGGUGAUGUGGCCACAUUCUCGGGAGACAGAUACUCAAUAGCCGGCAAACCCCUGCCUUACCUCCAAAGCUGGGCGUACGAGAACUUCAAAGUGGACGUUAUGAAGCCACCAAGCAUACCUGACCCGCCGACGUCAUUCCCCGAAAGCCGUCUCCCUGAAAACAUCACGAAAGAACUGCAGAGCAUUUCUCUAGUUAGCGUGGAUGGGAUGGACCGUCUAAUAAGGGCUCAUGGUCAGACCCUCAAAGAUAUAGCGGAUCUGAGAGGCAACAAGUUCCCAAGGAUACCCGAUGCUGUGAUCUGGCCUGAGAGCCAUGAACAGGUUGAAAAAAUCGUCGCAUGCGCAUCCCGGCACCACUUCGUGCUGAUCCCGUUCGGGGGCGGUACUUCCGUUUCCGGGGCGGUGACCUGCCCCCCAAACGAGAGCAGGCCUAUAGUAGCCCUGGAUACGAGUGAUAUGAACUCUAUUCUGUGGCUGGAUAAGGAGCAACUCUUGGCUAGAGUGCAGGCAGGUAUAGUGGGUCAGGACUUGGAGCGUGAGAUGCGCUCGCGGGGCUUCACCGUGGGCCACGAGCCGGACUCCUACGAGUUCUCCACCCUGGGCGGCUGGGUGGCCACCAGGGCGAGCGGCAUGAAGAAGAACACGUACGGCAACAUUGAAGAUAUUAUUGUGCAGACUAAGGUGGUGACGCCGCAGGGGGUGAUCGAGAAAAGCUGCCGGGUGCCGCGUGUGUCGUGCGGGCCGGAGUGGGAGCACGUCGUCAUGGGCUCCGAAGGGUGUCUGGGCGUCGUCACGGAGGUGACAAUAAAAAUCCGUCCGCUUCCCCCUGUCGUCCGCUACGGUUCCCUGGUGUUCCCGGACUGGGAGUCAGGGUUCCACUUCGAGCGGGAGGUGGCCAGGCAGCGGCUGCAGCCGUCCAGCAUAAGGCUGAUGGACAACGAACAGUUCCGUUUCGGGCAAGCGCUCAAGACCGAAUCAUCAUGGGGCGGCGUCCUCCUGGACGGACUGAAGAAGCUGUACAUCACCAGGAUCAAGGGGUUCGACCCCACCAGACUGUGCGUGGUCACCCUCCUCAUGGAGGGGACGAACGAGGAUGUGUCAGAGAGGGAGAGGAAGCUGAACAGCAUAGCGGCGCAGUACGGGGGGGUGCCGGCGGGGGCUGAGAACGGGGAGAGGGGGUACACCCUGACCUUCGUCAUUGCUUACCUAAGGGACGUGGCCAUAGAGUACGGCAUAGUGGCCGAGUCGUUCGAGACUUCAGUGCCGUGGGAUCGAACCUUGGCCCUCUGCCGGAACGUGAAGCAGCGCAUCCGGGACGAGUGCGCGGCCAGAGGCAUCCAACAUUACCUCAUCUCCUGCCGGCUCACACAGACCUACGACGCCGGAUGCUGUAUCUACUUUUACUUUGGUCACACGGCGAUCGGAAGCGACCCCGUCGCGACGUACGAGGAAAUGGAGGAGGCGGCCAGAGACGAGAUCAUCGCUUCCGGUGGGUCAAUAUCGCAUCACCACGGCGUCGGGAAACUCCGUAAGAAAUGGUACGCCAGCACGGUGAGCGAACCAGGCCGAAGACUCUUAUUGGCUGCAAAGAAAACUCUGGACCCUGACAACAUUUUUGCAUUAGGCAACAUGGCGUUCGACGAAUAUGGCAACACAGAAGGAAAUAACGUUAAAAGUAAACUUUAAGAUGGCGGACUUAGGUAAAUAGCAAUUGUGAAGUACCUACCUAGCUAGAGAAAUAUGGUUGGUGAUUGAAUAAUAUAGCUUUUGGGUGAUAAAUAGCGUUUAAGUACCGAUAGUAAUAAAUCUUUUAAUGAAAAAAAAACAUUUAGUGUUUAAUUUUUAAGCAGGACAGUAUAUAAAUGUCAUGUUUUCGUGUUUCUGAUGGGAAUCAUAUUAAACAUUUAUAACAACCGGCGAUGGCCCGAUAGACCGAUUUUGAGGCAAUUUUGUAUAAAUUAUAUAGUUAAUAAAUAAAUUAGGUCAAAUAUAUGCCACAGGAUCGAAACCCCGGGUAAAAACUAAUAUAAAAUAAUUCAGAUGCGGCGCAUGCGACUCUACCAAAUCAACGGUUAAUUUUUGGAAACUAUGUAAUAGGCAGUAAGGCCCACUUCUCAAAUGAUUUCGUAUUUACAAAUGCAAGCUAUAAAUAUUUUAACUUAUCUACCGACUAUGGGGGUAAAAUGAAAAAAGUAGGUUACGAAGUAGGCUAUAAAUAUUUUUACUAACGUAUUUCUUUCAAGUCUUUUCAAUUGGCUUUGUCUACCGCGCAAGGGAUAUAGACGUGAUUAUAUGUAUGUUUGUGUUUUUUUUUCAUUCCCUGUAAAAUUUUGUACGAAUUAUUUGUAUUUAACUUGUAUCUUUUUUAAUAAAGAUACAAGUUAAAUACAAAUAAUUCGUAUGUUAUAAUUAUUAUCUACUUAAUUAAGCGUCUUCAGAAAAUUGGAUGCACCGAAUGCACGCAUACAUUUAAUAAUGAAUCGCCCACAGUACAUUCCUUAGUAUUGCUCUAAUAGAUCACUUGAGAUCAGUGUAAAUAUUAUAAUUGGUAGAAAAAACAUUAUUUAUGUGUCGUUUCAGUACUACAAUUAACACUGUAUUCGUUUUUGUUUUUCUUAAAAUAGUAUUGUGUCAAGGUAUCAAAAAUAAUCAAAAUUUUAUUAGGAUUCGAAAGACUUGUUUGUUUUAUAUAAUUUAAUUUGUGGUAUUGUUAUUAUUUUUCAACUAAAUUAUAUGUUUAAAUUAUUGCUCAAUUUCAGACUAGGUAUGUACAUUAUGAACUUAAAUCCUGAUGUAGUAAUAAAGAGUAUUGCAAUUACUGCUUAUUUAACAUUCCUUUGACUUUUAUUUAUAUUCAGUUCUUAGUAAAGUUAAGAUUAUCGGUAGCACUUUUACACGUAAAUGACAAAAUUGUGUUCAGAUUGAAUAAAAAAGUU